AUGUUAGAUGGCAGUUCUUGCAGCUACUCCCAAUUGCCUUACUGUUUCCUCUUGCUGAUCUGGGAUUGUGUAAAGCUUUUGUGUACAUUGUUGCCAGGUAUUGAGAUUGUACGCAAGGCCCUGAGGAUGCCAUGUCUCACCAUUGCAUUAAAUGCCGGCGUCGAGGCCCACGUCGUAGUGGAGAAGGUCCUCAAUGAGAAGGGAGACUUCGGGUAUGAUGCACUCAAUGGAGAGUUUGGGAAUCUCAUCGAGAAGGGAAUUAUUGACCCAACAAAGGUUGUGAGGACAGCAAUUGUUGAUGCAGCAGGAGUAGCCUCCCUUCUCACCACAGCAGAGGUGGUUGUCACGGAAAUCCCCAAGGAGGAGCCAGCUGCACCAGCUGGAGGGGUGGGAGGCAUGGGUGGGAUGGGUGGUAUGGGAGGGAUGGGCUUCUAACGGAAUUCCACAGAACCACCGUUGUGUGAUAAUGUGAGUCAGAAUUGUUUUGCACAGUUUCUGAGAAGACUGAUCAUUGAACUCUGAUGGACACUGGAGAUGAUGAUACCGACUGAGUGAUGUUGUGGAGACAGUGGACCAGCUUGUGAACUGAAGAAAUAGGAGCUUGUUGUCCCCUAGCAACAGUUUGCAUUACAGGCUGAAGAUAUUUUGAGACAUUGAUACAAGAGUGAUCAGUUAAAUUAGACCAAAUUCAGCCUUUAUAGUCAGAUAAUUACAUUAGUACACUGACAGACUAAAGAAUCAGCCUGUUUAUGAGAUUACUGUAUCAGUUUGUCUCUCCUUAUUUGUUCGUGUUUUUACGAUGAAGGGCAUUAGCAUGUUACAAAUGUUGUGAUGUAAACUGAUGCACUACAUUGUCACUUGGAGUGUUGCAAGGGGACACAACUCCGUAUCUACAGAUGUCAAGUCUGUUGCUGAAAAGAUGGUGGAGUCAAUAGUACAUCAAAUCAUAAAUCAAACAUUUUCUAAUAUGUAUAUAAUGCAU